AUGAGUCUCGCCGACAUGCUGGAAGAUAGAAAAAAUUAUCCUUUCACCGAACUAGACGUCGUCUUUGGUGUUUAUCAGCUGACAGAUGCUCUGCGGUUCUUGCACAGCACACAAGGCAUGAUGCACGGCAAUAUCAACCCGGGUUCCAUUCUCAUCGUCCAACAGGGUCUGUGGAAGUUGGCCGGAUUGAAUUUUAUGGAGCGUAUAGUAGACACAACCAAGGUUUCUCCGAAGUUUACUGGGUGUUCAGCCAAACUACCCAGGGCAGCACAACCCAAUCUUGACUUUGUUGCCCCAGAGGCCCAGUUGCACAACUCCAUGUCUCCAUUGGCCGAUAUGUUCUCCGUCGGGAUGGUGUUGUGUGCCAUUCACAACGAAGGGCAUUCGCUUAUCGAAUCAGAGCAGAAUCCCACAGUUUAUGUAAGAAAGUUGACUGAAAUGCCGAUGAAAUUUGAUAAAAUCAGUGAACGCCUCCCAAAAGCUUUGGUGGAACCCGUGCGCAAAAUGAUCAGCCAAGAUGUUCGUGAUCGCCCAACUUCACAAUUGUUCGCACUACUGAAAGUUUUCAACGAGCCGACAGUGCUCUCGUACGAAAGUUUGAUCACAUUGGAAGAUCGUUCUUUGAACCAAAAAAAGGAAUUCUUCAAUCGCUUCUCAAAAGUUGUCCCAGAAUUUGAAACAACAAUUCGUUACGAGCGGAUUCUUCCGAUGCUGCUACGCUGGUACAACGACUCGCCCGAGUUGACCCCAUUCGUGCUUCCACCUUUGCUGACCAUGGUCCAUGUGGCUGACAAAUCGGAUUAUGAACAGCAUCUACGAUCGCAUUUGAACUCCAUCUUGUCCUCAUCAAAAUCAUUACAAACGUCCAUUGUUCUUAUGGACCUCAUUGAGUUCUUCAUUCCCCGACUUACCAAAACCGACAUUGAGAAAUAUGUGAUUCCAGAACUUUUUAUUUGUCUGGAACCUACCACAACAAAAACAAUUGAGACUGUUCAGAACGCGAUUUCUGUCCUACCAAACUAUAUGACAGAGGAACAACUGAAGAAACUCAUAUUGCCUCGAUUGCGGGAUAUAUUCUGCAGACUUUCAUCUACUCCCAAAUUCCGAUCACUCAUGGAUGUCAUUCGUAUAAUGCUGGAUACGAUUGACAGACAAAGGACAUACGAACUCAUGUUGGAGGAGCGAAAGUCACAAAUUGGAAGCUGCACGAAUAUCAGUAAUUCUGCUGGUCACAUACGCAAUCUACCGCUGAUAGCCAUGCAACGACCCACAAUGGACGGUGAUUUUAUGAACGGGGAUCUGGAAUCAAACAAAUAUUCACGUUCUAGUCUAAGAGGAAUGGAGUUUCGGAGAAGUUCCGGCAGUGAAUUCGUUAGCGCUCGACAAUGGAACCGUACAAAUCCACCCCUACAGCGUUUGCGUUUGUCGGGAAAUCGUUCUGAAAGUGUACUGUACAAUAUGCGACAACGGGGAUCAAUGUCCAGCGCUGAUCGCAUCAACUGGAAUGAAGCUUCAAGCAAUUCAUUCACGUCCUAUCGAGCUCAUUCAAAUAUCAGCUCACGCAUGGGGGGAGGCAGUCCCUUUUACAUAGCGAGCCCGCUGACCAGUGGCCUGCCAAUCAGCAGACGACAUUCAGGGAAUUUGCCCGCUCGCGGGACGGUCAGUCAGCUAGAUAUGGAAUUGCACUGUUUCGAUAUGUUGAAGUACGCGCAAAAAGGAGUUGAUAUUUGGAGCGUGUUCGGGGAUUUGAGAGGGCUUUCGCGAUAUCUUGCUGCAGAGGAAAUGAUGAUUGGGGGCGAAUUAUAA